CUCAAAGUUAAGAAUUUUAUCACUAUUUCUCAUUAUCCUAUGUUACUAAUAUAAUGUAUUACUUCAUAUAAAUAUUAGCAUCAACUCUGGUAUCUCUUUAUAACUUCAUUUUCCGACAUUGUUAUUGCGCAUACUAUGUCUCAUAAUAUCCUCUUGACUGGCGCCUCUGGUUAUCUUGGUGGAGACCUCCUGGCGGAACUUGCCAGCACAGAUCUACCCGAAUACGGGAAGCUUUUUGCACUUAUUCGAAGCUCAGAGCAAGCCGAUGCCGUCAAGCAGUUAGGUGCAGAACCUCUGACAUUGGACGUCUAUAACGAGGAUGCCGUGCGCGAAGCUGUUCUAAGCCAUGAAAUAACCGUCGUCCUUUUUCUGAUUAACGCUGUCUCCUCCGAUUCUCAGAAGCUCUUUAUCAAGGCCCUCGGCGAGCUCAAGAAGAAGACCGGCUCUGAUGUUCAUUUCUUACAUACCACUGGUGCCAAGAUGUUUUCAAGCCAUUCCGGUGCCCCGACCGACCGUAAACUGAGUGACAAUGACCCAGAGUUGUUUGCCGUGCAGAAAGCUCAACGAGCACCUUUGAUGAGAUUUCAGGAGGCUCUGGACACGAAUAAUACCAUCAUCGAACUCUCCGAAGCCAGUCAAGUCAAGAGUUAUAUUUUCGCACCUUGUAUUGUUUAUGGCAAAGGCCGCGGAUUUGGGAACCCUAUCUCUAUUCAGACGGUCGCCAUUGUGCAGGCAGCCAUGGCACUUCGAAGGGUGUAUCGAACCGACGCUGGAGCCCCGAUCUGGCCCGUUUCUCACAUUGCCGAUAACACCAACCUCUAUGUACAGAUCUUGCGCACAAUCUUGAUAGGUCAGGAUCCAGGACAUGGAAAGCUCGGCUAUUACCUUGCAUCAUCGGGAAGUGUACCGUGGAAUGACAUCUACAAUGCAUUUGGAAAGGCCCUUGCUCAACGGGGUGUCAUCGAUGACGCUACGGUUCAAGAUGCAGAUGACGAGAUACUUCAAAAAAUGGCAGAUGCUCUGAACUGCCCAAAGGACUUUGUUGCUCCCCAACUUGGAGGAACAUGCACCUUUGUAGCUGAGCAUGGAAGAAAGAUUGGAUGGAAGCCUAGUCGCCAGGCGGAAGAUAUCCUCGUGGCAGCAGGUGAGGAAGUUGACAGGAUUUUGCAACAUUUAAAGGCUUAGAGAGUGCAAGGACUACUUUUUGUAUAAAUUCACUUGCUUACUACUAGGUUUAUUUACUGCCUUAUGUCUAUCCUUAUAGCACUAAUAUCCCUUUCUACUGCUA